AUGGAUCUGUACGAUGAGAAAAAACAGUUAUACAAGCUAGCGUUGAGGGGAGAAUGGAAGAAUCUGGACAAGUGGAGAGAUGGAUUACACAGAGCAUUGGUGCCACACAUUUUUGAGAGUGGAUACGUGAAGGGAUUUUGGGCCGAAUUGAUCUAUGAUUGGAUUCCUGAGGACAAUACUUACAAUUUUAAAUUUCCUAAAUUUUUUAAAUUUGGCCGAGCGAGAAAUAUUGAAGAUUUAGAAGCCGGAUUGGACUCCGAAGAUGAAAGUUUUGGUGAAUACCUUAGACAUAAUUUGAUGGGGAUGUUCGGGAGAUUCCUGAUGCAAGGGUGGCUUGAAUGCAGAGAGCUAUACAAGAAAAAGCAAAAACAUAAAUUAAUUCUAAAAAUCACGGAAAUGCUAGCGGACAUAGAUUUGUCAUAUUACCAGGAAAAGCAGAAGCCCGUCAGCGAUCGAACGGACCUAUCAGAAAAGGCAAAACAACCUAUGGACGAUAGUAAUAUUGAAUACAUGGACCACCAAGAGACGCCACUGUUACUAGCCGCAGCCAGGGGAAUACUAGAAGUGGUUGAAAGGAUCGUGGAAGCCCACCCACAGGCUGUGGACUACGUGACGACACAAGACAGAAACAUUCUACAUGUCAUCAUUGCACACCGACAACUCAACAUCUUUGAAUGGAUUAAAACCAGAGAUCUUCUCGUGCAUAGACUGGCCAGGAGGAUUGACCUGUUGGGCUACACCGUACUGCACCAUGUUGGAAUCACUAAUUUCCUCUCUCAAUCUGCCCAUGGUCCAGCAAUACAACUUCAACAAGAGCUGGAUUGGUUGGAUCGCGUCCACAAAGUGCUUCCGCUCCUUUACAACAUGCAUUAUAGCAAGAAGAAAUGGAGACCCCGGGAGUUGUUCGAAGAAACACACAAGGAUAUGCUUGAUAAGGGCAAAGAAUGGAUCAAGAAAACCUCCGAGUCUUGCUCUGCUGUUGCUGUCCUCAUGGUUAACUUGAAUUUCAAUGGAUAG